AUGCCCCCAAGACGUAGACGUGGUCCGCGUGUGGAGAACAAUGUGGGGGAACAGACAGAAGGAAGUGUUGGGAAUCCGCCCCCGCCUCCACCACCACCUCUACCCCAACCAAACGAAAGGGAGUACAUCAAAGCCUUUCGGAAGGAGAACCCACCCAAGUUCGAUGGAUUGGGAGAGCCCCCGAAGGCGGGGGCAUGGGUACGCGACAUUGAGCGUGUCUUUGAGUUUAUGGGAUGCACGGACAGAGAACGCCUGGCCUGCGUGACGUAUCAGCUAACAGGACCCGCUGACUUUUGGUGGGAAACGAAGAAGAGAACUAUGGACUCCGCUCGCCGUGAGGCGCUUACUUGGGAGGAGUUUAAGGAAGAAGUUUACAAUAAGUAUGUUCCCAUGAGUUAUCGGCGGGCGAAGGUAGUGGAGUUCCACACUUUAAAACAAGGAAGUAUGACGGUCACGGAGUACGACCGCGCCCAAUGUGAGAUGACUCGUUAUGCGCCAGAAUUGGUGGAUACAGAAGAGAAGAUGGCCGCGAAGUUCCGUUCCGGCCUUAGGCCAGAGAUAAGGGUAGCAGUGGCUAGUCGCAGGGGAAUUCCUUAUUCCGAGGUAUUGGGCUGUGCCUUAGGUGUGGAGGAAGCACUGCCCAAGAAUGAGAGGACAACAAACCCUACCCCAUCUGCACCCUAA